ACGAAGAAGACGAGGCGCUGCAGUUUUUCCAAUAGGAGACCUGAGCUUUCUGAUCCAUCUAUUCAGCCUUUAAUAUAAAUCUCUGUGGCAGGGUUGUACAAGGAAAAUUUAAUCGAAUUGAUUUCAAAAUAAUCAUUCCUUAUUCUAGCUGUGUUUCAGGAACUUGUCUCGGUCCUGCUUUAGUCAGAAAGGUGAGUUCAAUAAAAGCAUGAUAGCUAAAUCUACAUCCCAAGUGGAUUAAGUGUGCUACAUAGGAUGUGAAGGGGCAAAAUGGCGUAUGAAGUGCACUGUAUAAAUCUAUUAAUAAUGAGGCAUUCCGUUUCGGUAAGUUUGUUUUACAUAAAAAAAAAAAUUCUAAAAAAUCUGGUUUAUAAUAAUAAUAAUAACAAUAACAAUAAUAAUAAUAAUUUUGAUUAAUAGAUACAGAUGCCUUGAAAAAAACUGAAUUCACUCUUCUUUUAUACAGAGACGCAUUCGAUAAAAAACAACGGUUUAAAAUUUGAAUAAAUUUAACGGCGUUUUUCUAACGGAUUUUAUGUUGUUGUUUUUUUUGACGUUUGGAGAGCGCGCGCAGUGGGCGUGGCCAUGGUUCGCGUGCGUGCUUGACACUCAGCUGCAUUUGCCCAAAGUAGGUAAAAGGAGCGCGCGCUCUGCUUGUAAGUGCUGUGCCUAGAGUUUUGUAGUGCUUGUAACAUUAGACUUGUUUAUUUAUUUACUUAUUUAUUUAACAAAGAAGGUCUGUAGGUUAUUUAUAUUCAUAUUUAGAUCUCUUAUGAGGAAGCGAGAGGCGACAGCGGUGAGGGAAAGCUCGCUGAGGUGAACUUGAGGAGGAAACCUUGACAGGAACCAGACUCAACAGGAGGAACAUCCUCUCCUGUGACACCGGAUAGUGUGAUAAUAAAUCACCCCGCUUCUACAAAUGUAUACUGUGUAAAGAAACCCUAAAUAUGAAAAGCAGACAUUUCAUACAGUUUUAAACAAAAGGACUCCAGUGAACUGAGAUGGACGGCACUAUUUUCUGUCUCACUUAUCGGUUAAAUGAGUUAAAAACCCAUUUAAAAACUGCAGCUAAGUUUCAGUUUUUUCCUAAAAUUAUUAAUUUUUUAUCCAGAUCUCUUAUAAUGGAAGCAGCAGAGGGCAGACCAGGCUCUCAUGUUCGCUCACAGCUUUGCAAAGAUGUGCAGACAGAAACUUGUACAGAAUCAAAAGAAGGGAUAUCAAGCUCUCUGGGAGACAUUACCACUGUGGAUGAACAUAACGAAGGAUUACUGAAGAUUAUAAAAGUGGAAGAAUCUGAAAAUGAAGGUUACCUCGGUCAAGGGACAUCAAGCUCUUUGGGGCACGACAUCCUCGUGGACCAACAGAAGAAACAUGUUAAAGAAGAAGAGCCUGAAAAUGAUGAUGAAUACCUCUACUGUGAGGAUUGCAAGUCCUUCUUCAUCAACAAGUGCGAGUUGCAUGGUCCAGCUGUUUUCAUUCGUGAUACCACUGUUCCAGUGGGGGUCACCAAUCGAGCCAGACUAACCCUUCCGCUUGGUCUAGAAGUUCAACAGUCUAAUAUUUCUGGUGCAGGCUUGGGCGUGUUUAAUAAGGGGGAGACUGUUCCAGUUGGUGCACAUUUUGGGCCGUAUGAGGGAGAGCUGGUAGACAGAGAGGAAGCCAUGAACAGUGGCUACUCCUGGGUGAUAUACAGGAGCAGACAGCGUGAGGAUUACAUAGAUGCCAAGAAAGAGAUCCAUGCUAACUGGAUGAGGUAUGUGAAUUGUGCUCGUAAUGGUGAAGAACAGAAUCUUGUGGUGUUCCAAUACCGAGGAGGGAUUCACUACCGUUGCUGUCAACCCAUCAAACCAGGACAGGAGCUCUUGGUGUGGUACGGAGAGGAGUACCCCAGAGAUCACAGCCUUGAAUUCAACUGCCUCUGGAACAAAAAGUCUUCCAUAAAUGAAAUGAAAGAUGGUGUGGUGCAAGUCUUUUCCUGUUCCUGGUGUCACCUUUCGUAUACAUCACAAAUUUUUCUCCAGAAACACAUCAGAAGAAGCCACUGUAAGGAGGAUUUGAUGGAUUUGCCCACAAGAAGCUCUAGUAGUCAGCAAACUGGUUCUGGUACUCUCCACACCGUUCCUGAGCAAGAGCAGGAAGAAGUCAAACACUGUUCAGAUUGUGGGAAGAGUUUUACUCACUCAGGUGAUUUCCAAACACACCAGUGCAUUAACACAGAAGAAAACCUGUAUAAUAGCUCAUGGUGUGGAGAGAGUUUUACUCACCAGAAUGAUCUACAAGUAAACCAGCACAUUCAGGUAGGAGAGAACCUGUACCAAUGCUCAGAGUGUGGGAAGAGUUUUGCUUUCCAUAGUACCCUACAAAUUCACCAGCUCAUUCACACUGGAGAGAGGCCGUAUCAUUGCUUGCAGUGUGGGAAGCGUUUUAGACGACAGAGCAAUCUCCAAACACACCAGCGCAUUCACACAGGAGUGAAGCCUUAUCACUGUUCACAGUGCAAGAAGAGUUUUAGACGACAAAGUCAUCUUAAAACCCACCUGCGCAUUCACACCGGAGAAAAGCCGUAUCACUGCUCACAGUGCGGCAAGAGUUUUGCGCACCAGAGUUCUCUCCAAACGCACCCGUGCGUUCACGAAAGAGAAAAGCCGUAUCAGUGUGCACAGUGUGGGAAGAGCUUUACUCAACAGAAUCAUCUCGAGGCACAUCAGCGCAUUCACACCGGAGAAAAGCCAUAUCAGUGCUUACAGUGUGGAAAGAGUUUUACUCGACAAAGUAAUCUCCAAGCACACCAGCGCAUUCACACCGGAGAGAAGCCGUAUCACUGCUUACAGUGUGGCAAGAGAUUUACCCGACAAGGCAAUCUCCAAGCACACCAGCGCAUUCAUACAGGAGACAAGCCGUAUCAUUGCUUACAGUGUGGGAAGAGUUUUACCCGACAAAAUCAUCUCCAAACCCACCAGCUCAUCCACACAGGAGACAAGCUGUACCAAUGCUCAGAGUGUGGGAAGAGUUUUGCUUUUCAGCGUAAUCUCGAAAUACACCAGCGCACUCACACGGAAGAAAAGCCAUUUCGCUGCUCACAGUGUGGGAAGAGUUUUGCUCACCAGAGCAAUCUCCUAAGGCACCAACACAUUCACACAGGAGAGAAGCCGUAUCAUUGCUCGGAGUGUGGGAAAAGUUUCACUUACCACAGUAAUUUACAAAUACACCAGCGCAUUCACACAGGAGAGAAGCCGUAUCACUGCUCGCAGUGUGGGAAGAGUUUCGCUCACCAUUGUGCUUUCCAUGUACACCAGCGUCUUCACACAGGAGAGAAGCCUUUUCACUGCUUACAAUGUGGAAAGAAUUUUACUCAUCAGAGUCACCUCCGACAACAUCAGCUCAUUCACACGGGAGAGAAGCCGUAUUGCUGCUUACAGUGUGGGAAGAGUUUUAGACGGCAGAGUAAUCUCCAGAUACACCAGCGGAUUCACACAGAAGAGAAGCCGCAUUGCUGCUCAGAGUGUGGAAAACGUUUUACCCGAAAGAGUACUCUCCAAACACAUCGGCGCACUCACACCGGGGAGAAGACAUACAUCUGCUUACAGUGUGGGAAGAGCUUUCCUUACGAAAGUCACCUUCAAGUACACAAGCGCGUACAUACAGGAGAGAAGCCGUAUCACUGUUCACAGUGUGGGAAGAGUUUUGCUCACCAGAGUCAUCUCCAAGCUCACCAGCGCAUUCACGCAAAAGAGAAACCGCAUCACUGCUCACAGUGUGGGAAAAGUUUUAGUCGAAAAGGCACUCUCCAACUACACCAGCGCAUUCACACAGGAGAAAAGCCGUUUCACUGCUUACAGUGUAGAAAGAGUUUUAGACGACAGAGUCAUCUCCAAAUACACCAACGCAUUCACACUGGAGAGAAGCCGUAUCACUGCUCAGAGUGUGGAAGGAGAUUCCCACAUUCAAGUACACUAAAGACACACAAGUGUGUUAACAUGGAGCCAUCAGUAACUGUGGUUAUAUGAACACGAUAACUUCCAGGGGUGGUGAAUAUCACCUGGGUUCCUGCUUGUGGGCACGCAUGUCAAGAUCUUACAACAAUGUCCCAAAGUGACUUUGAUGUAGUAUUUGCUAUAAAUCCUGUUUUCCUACAGCCAUCACUCCAUGGAACCUUCUGUGCAUGUUCCCUCUGGAUGGGCAUUAGUUCAUGUGACAGGGAACCCAAACAUUUAUCUCGUGCUCAUAGAGCCACAGUUACAUAUGUUACUAGCAUUAUAUUUCACCCUUCUUAAUCUCCAUGGGUGGUGAAUAUUACAUGGGUAAUGUAUUCCGUGUCUUCAGGACCCAACCCAUCUUAGAACUGUCUGAAAAGGUGUGCAGAGAUGAUCACCACACUCACACCCUUGAGAGGGGUGAUGUGUAACCUGUAGAAGAACAUCUGGCCAGCCUGUAGGCCAUAACUCGGUGUGCAAUCUGAUGAUCAUCUCUGUCUAGUCCACAUAGUAUCUCAGGGUGAGUACUGGGUAUAACAAGGAUCACUAUGCAGUUUCAACCACCAGGUCACCAUCAAAUUAAUUGGCCAUCAGUUUGCUGACAAGUCAAUUUAGAGGCACCUAUUUCAGUUCAGCAUCUUGCAGGGACUCAAAUGGUGAGGUCUUAAGGGGCUCCAGUAGAAGGAGAUAAGGGGCUGGGCUCUUGGGGAUCAUAUACACAUUUAGCAUAUACUGGGACUUUGUGCUAUCCCUGGAGGAAGUGCACCGUAUCCAAAUUAGUGCACGCCAUUCAAGGAAUAAUUUACAUUUAAGAGUAUACAAGGAUCAUGUACUAGAUGUUCUGCCAUUCAGGAGUGUUUUCUGACUGCUAGGUUGCAGUCCUCCACUGCACUUGGCCAUGAAAUCCAAACCCACAGCCAUCAAUAACAUGGCUGAGGGUGCCAAAUCUCUGUUCCGUCCUUUUGCGACAGUGCUCAGGGAUGACGUCUUAAGGUCUUUGUGGCAUUUUUAGACUCUUUGGCCAAAUUGCUGAAUUCUGUGCAAUGUGGGCAGAAACAGUGUUAGUGAAGGAAAUGCAUAUAGUAGACAUUGAGGCCAGUCGUGGGCCAGUACACCCUGUUCCAGUGUCCGUGGUUACUAUGUCCAUGGUGUCUCUGAUGGGACAUCCAUACCAAGCAAACCCCAUUAUUGAGAAAAGUCUAGUGUCUCAAGCUAGCUAGAGUCUGUGGCCCUUUCACUGAGACAAGUACAUGAUAUGACGUGGUGUUGGGGUUUUAGCCACUGAUAACCCAUUUCUGGAAGUCCAGUUCCAACAGGCCCCAGGUUGCUACAGUCAGCGAAUCUGGUUUCUUCAACAGCAGCUGGCAUCACACAUAGUGUCCUGUCUGGAAUUAUUUGGCAAAGGUGAUAAUGUCUGCCACACAUUGGAAUGACAGUGUGGCUAGCAAUCUCAAUGAACAGCCUCAUGCCAAUGAAUUUUAUAGUCUGUUUCAGUGUUAGUGAGCUCUUUUCUCAGUUCACCAUGAGACCAAGCACUAGCUUUAUGUUGAAUGUCCUGGAUGGACAUCUCAUGCUCUCUCUUAUGGCACAUGGGAGCCAGUCAUCCACAUACUGUUGUGUCCUGAUGCCGCUGACUAUCAGAGGUUGACAGGGCUGUCAAGAAGUGUUUAGGGUCUGGUCCACAGGUAAAUGGGGGCAGUCAGGUGCCUGUUUUGGACCUCAGAGUGAGGUUCUGUCUGUUUUAGGGCUAGUUAGAGCCCAGCAGAGUAUAUGUGGUAAGUGAAACAUGGAGAUGGGCUAUUUCGUAGACAGCAGGCCCAAAGAGCAUCUCUGGCACAUGGCAGAUUUCACAAGGUUGAUUUACUCCCGCACCAGUGCUGUGUGUUUGCGGCUCAAGGGCAAGCAUCAGAAGGUAUAGUGAUGGAGAUGCACUUUGCGCAUUAUCUGCACUAGCCAUAGCCCUGCUAGUCAGGAGACUGCUGCGGCCAUGGGAUUGAGCCAAAGCAGAAACCUCAUUCGCUGGAGAUACGAAUGGAAAUGGGAUGCAGUGCAGACUCCAGCAAUUGUAUGCACGUUAGCCAUAUCAAGCUAACUUUGCAAGCACAGUGGUUAAGGCCGUGGUAUGGUGAGGGAAGACUGCUCAACCAUGCUACCUGUACAUUUUCACAGGCCUGUAGGUCAUGAGCUGUAGACAGUGGGCCAUGUGAAAAACUCAGAGCAUCGAGGGAGACCCCACCAGGCAAGGGACGGAGAGGUGAGUGCCAUACUGAAGAAUAGCAAAAUUUUUAACUAGUUUUGGACAGGGCAGUAAGUGAUAUUUAACAAUCUUAGCAUGCUAAAGAGAAAACCCAACUCUAGCCACAAAGGUUUUAUUCUGAAGAAGUAGGAAAAUUACACUCACUGCAGACAAAGAGCUGAUGGAAGAUUAUAGGAGUCUAUAACAAGCUCUAUAAGGUGGGAGAGAAAGAUUUAUAGCAAAUACAUCAUACAGUCACUUUGUGACUUUUUUGAAAGGUUUUGUCAUGCUUGCACAUGUGCACAUGAAUGUAUCCAACUGAUUGUUACUUCCCCAGUGGUUAGGAGGAGUAGAACUCACCUUUCUGUUGAAUUACUGAAAAUAUGGUGACUGGCUUCACAUGUCUUGGAGGGAUCAUGUAUUAACCAUUGUGUUCGCUGGUUGUUAGCUAUCAUGCAAUAGGCAUAAUUAGCUAGUAGGUGGGAAUUUGGCUAAUUUGGUAGAAAAUGGAGUAAAAAAUGUUCUGUUCUAUUGUACUAUUUAGUAUUUUAUUAAUAUUAAAUUUAAUAAUAAAUAUUUAAUACAAUAUAACUAUUUUAAUUAUGAAUAUCUUUGAAUAUCUUUCUUUUUAGCCUUAAUAUGGGCAUAUCUAAUUUGCUUAACAAAACAACAGCUUCCUAAUUAUUUGUUGUUUGAAUAAAUUAUUUUCAUACUAACACACACGUACACACACUUGUGUGGAGUAUACCACUGUUUUGUUUUUGUUGUCAUCACACUGUUUUUCAUGCAGUUGAUCACAAGGUUUUAAGUGAAUUGUAGCACUGUCUAAGACCAUUACUGUAGUGACUUGGCCAUGAAAAAAAAUUGAAGUAAAGACAAAGCCGUUCAUUGUAUUCAAGUUACUGUAUUCACAUAUGUGUACACUGUGUACUCUAAGCCAAGAUAUCAUGGACACGUGUACGCUGUGUACUCUAAGCCAAGAUAUCAUGCACACGUGUACGUUGUGUACUCUAAGCCAAGAUAUCAUGGACACAGUGGCACCUGAGUCUUGGCUUUUAUUAUGUACCCAUGUGUAAGUAAUGUGAGUAAUUUUUUAAUGGUACAUCAGUGAAAACAGAAAUACCCCUUUCUGAGUGCUGCUGCCAUUCAGCGCUGUGUUUCUGUAUUUACAGUUUACUCUAAGCUGGAUUAGGCCCUCAUAAUCCUAUUAAUACACACAAAUACAUACACACACAAGGCUAUCUGUCAUGUAUUUGCAUCUUUGGCAAAUCGUGACGAGGAGUUGAUAUCGGCCAAUCAGACUGAUUCAUCACUUCAUGCAUGUAAAGGUAAAGUGUCACUGUUUUCCUGUACAACCUCCAACACAGUUCUCCACCAUUCACACACACUCAAUUGCACACACUCUCACACUGUGACCUGCAGAUGUCAGUAUUCUACUUCCAGUCAGAGGAACACACUUUGCUCUGUGUGAUUUAUGUUGUGCUGCCAUAAUGCUAGUUUAAAUAAAGAGUCCAUUGUGUAAUCA